AUGGCUGCUUCUAAUUCUUCGAAACUGUUUCGAGUUGGUCGUUCGAUUCUAGGCGGCCUCACCAAUGGUGCUUUCGGUUCCAUCCGUUCAUCUCCCCAGACGACACAUUCGGAUUUCUUAUCCCAGCAAACGAGAACUUUCGUACAGAUGAGGACCAACCUUAAAGUGGUGGACAACUCGGGAGCCAAAAGGGUUAUGUGCAUACAAGCGUUGAAAGGAAGGAAAGGGGCUCGACUUGGGGACACGAUAGUGGCCUCGGUUAAGGAAGCUCAUAUGGGCGGGAAAGUGAAAAAGGGAGACGUUCAUUAUGCGGUUGUUGUUCGUGCCGCAAUGCAACGAGGAAGGUGUGAUGGGAGUGAAGUCAAGUUUGAUGAUAAUGCUGUCGUGCUCAUCAAUAAACAAGGUGAGCCAAUAGGGACACGAGUUUUUGGCCCGGUUCCCCAUGAGCUGAGGAAAAAGAAGCAUCUCAAGAUUCUCAGUCUUGCCGAGCAUAUUGCUUGA